UGAUUAUUAUCAUCAAGCUUGCAUGGCGAAAAAGGGUUCCAGUUCUAGGCAAAAGACCAAUUUCUCCCCAACAUCAAUUAAAGACUUGCCCUCCAAGUCCAGAUCAAGUGGUGACCAGCAUGCAUAUCUUCAGGUCGAUGCUCUUGGGAGAGUUUCUUUCUCUUCCAUUCGCAGGCCCCGGUCUCUUCUUGAAGUUGACAAUCCUUUGUCAGGUGAGGGUCCUCAUGAUCAGAAGUCUUCCGUGAGGUCCCUGGAGAAAGAACCUAUGCUAGCAGCCAGGGUCACUGUUGAAGAUGCCAUUGGUCUUCUUCUUGAGGUGGAUGAUAUUGACAGGCUCCUGCAGUCUAGCCAGGCACAGGAGAACAGUUUCCAGCUGAGGCGAAGGCGACAAGUUCUCCUUGAAGGUCUAGCCGCAUCACUUCAGCUUGCUGACCCUCUUGGGCCCAGCAAAUCUGCCAAUUCAUCUGGGUUAGCCCCUAAGGAUGAUAUUGUCUUUCUUCGCAUUGUUUCUCUUCCCAAAGGACGUAAGCUUCUGGCUCGUUAUAUCCGGCUUAUUGUCCCUGGAAGCGAGUUGACCAGGAUUGUAUGCAUGGCUAUUUUCCGACACCUGAGGUUCUUGUUUGGGGGUUUACCAUCAGAUUCAAGUGCAGCAGAGACAACAGUUGCUCUGGCAAAGACUGUUUCGACUUGUGCUCACCAUAUGGAGCUCGGUGCUCUUAGUGCUUGCCUUGCUGCAGUUGUCUGUUCAUCUGAACAACCACCUCUCCGUCCUCUUGGUAGCUCUGCUGGUGACGGGGCUUCUCUUAUUAUCAAGUCAGUACUGGACCGAGCAACUGAGUUGCUGACUGAUCAGCGUGCCGUAUCCAGCUAUACCCCGUCAAACCGAGCUCUCUGGCAGGCAUCGUUUGAUGCUUUCUUUGGGCUUCUGACAAAAUACUGCCUCAGUAAGUAUGAAAGUAUUCUGCAGAUGUUUGUGAUGCAGGCAUCAGGCUCUGUGAUUGGAUCUGAAGCCUCCCAAGCAACUAGCAGGGAGAUGCCAGUUGAGUUGCUACGUGCAAGCCUUCCUCACACAAACGAGCAGCAACGGCAGAUGCUGCUCGAUUUCGCUCAGAGAACCACGCCAGCCAGCAGUUUUACCCCCCCUGGUGCUAGCGGUGGACACAUCACUUCUGAAUCGGUUCCUGGUUGAUGUAGCUCAAGGCCUGGACGCAAUUAUCUUUGGAUGGUGAUUCUUAUAUCUGAAGACAUGAAUGAUUGCGCCCUUGAUAAGUAAAGGUGUGAGCUUGUAGAAGUUCCAUGGGCUCAGGAAAGUAGCCUUAUUCAGUCUGUGACUUAAAGUGUAGGUUUCAGAUUAAUCUCAUAGACCAACAAAAAGAGAUGGAUCCCCCCUUUUAUGUGGGUCAUUUACUAUAGCACACCCACCUGAUGAUCACAAAUAGACCGUGGAGAACAUGUACUUGUAUUGCUGUAACUCUGUGCAGUGGAUGAACCGGUCAGCUGGCUCGUCGGGGCAAUCUAGUUUUUAACGUUUAUGCGCCCUUGGCGAAGAAGACCGUAGUGUACAGGUUCGACUGCUGGGGCCUUCGUGUCUGUUCUUUUUACUGGAGCAUGGAAGGUGCCAAGGAGUCAAGUGUGGAGUCUGGUCCAUCUGUUUUAUUUAGGACCAGGUAUGUUGGAAUAAUGAUGGGUGAGUGCUAUUUAUAGGCUACUGCUGGAAAGAUGUUUUUUCUUCGUUGCAACAUUUUAUAGAUGUGUCAUGUCCCUCCCAGGUAUCCACUGAUAUUAUAGUGGAGCACUGGAAAUGGAAGCAUUGUCAUUUGUUCA